AUGCACAUCUCCCCCCCAGUGUCCGGGUCCCCUCUCUCGACACUAUCCCUCUUCCUCCUCUUGCUCAGUAACACAGUCCUCGGCAGCACGUUGACCACCCCGACCCCGACCACAACCACCACGCAAAAUCAAAAGAAUGAGCCAGCGGCACCCCCGAACCGCGCCUACGAGGCUCCGCUCCUGACCAUAACCCCGGCCCCGGACUCCUCCGCCGUAUCCCGCCGUCUCCUCCGCGCCCGCCAAGGCGACCCGCGGUCCUCGGACGGCCGCACGAAUUUCAUCGCGUGGUAUUCCCAGUCCGGCGCUUGGGUCUCGGCGACAUGUCCGCCAGACAACUACUUUGCUGCGGAUAGUAAAUAUGGGGUCUGUUGUCCGCGGAAUAAUCCCUUCUGCGAGAUGGCGACGUCGUGUGGUGGGCCGUUCGGGAAUUAUGCUGUUGGGCCGACUGGACAGGCAGACUGUGGACCGAGUAACACCUGCGACACCAUAACCAUGCUCCAAACACAAGGUAGCACCGACGCGAGGAGAAUCAUCUUCUGCAUCGCCAUGUCGGAGCUCUACGUCCUUCCAAUGACUUGGUACCGCGUCACACAUCCACCCUCCGUUGCAACAGUAACGGUGACCCAAAGCACAACGGUGACGGCCACUCCCGGGGUCGGAGGGAGCCGCAUGAGUGGGCAAGCCAGCACCCCCUCCUGUUCGCCGCCUCCUAUUCUCCGACGAACAAUUACGGCCAUUUUACGAAGACAGCAGCUAGGCCAGGUCAGGAAGUGA